UGCAGCAGUACAUGUGAGAAUCGUCGUGUUGAAUGCUAGCUCGUAUACAGCAUAUAACUACGUAGAAUACAGGUAAGCUACGUUCAUAAAUACAUCGAAGUGGCAUGUCGGUGACGCUAACGCGAGUGGGCGUAACGUGUACGUACACGCAUUACACGCAUUCUCUCGAGCAGUUUCUACACCGUGAGACUCCCCGAAGAACAGGCGAGUAUCCGGAGAUGGUAUAAGCUCUCGAGAUUACAAUUCACGAGCCUUAUUCCACGUUUAAAUGUGUCGAAAGUCCAAAACUGUGUUACUUGUACUUUCAUAAAAAAAAAAUAAACACGUACAUAAGCGCAUCAAAAUAUUUCGGAGAAAAUACAAAAAAAAAAUCAAACAUUCUUCUAUUUUAGAUUAUUAAUAUUUACUUAAUCUCUGUGUAAAUAAAAAAUAUUCUUAGAUUUAAUUAUAUCUGAUCUAAUUAGUAGUUUUUUUUUAUUUUUUUUUUAUUUUUGAUGUUAAUCGACGAAUGAAAAUUUUCUUACAACUUCGACGUGGUCAAUAAAAUUUUUGAAGAUACUUUCGAUAUUUUUUAUAUUGACAAAUAGAGGUUAAAACGUUGAAUAAUGAAAUUGAAGAAAAGGAUGAUAUUAGAGAGAAUAUGGAAUACGAUCAAACGUGGGGCAGGCCAGUUCUCGGGGACCCCCUGGUAAAGGAUAACAGAAGAUGUAGGAAGAAAUUGUCUCAUAUUGAAACCGCAAACGUAACUCUUUCGCUUCUUUGAUUUUAUGUGUUCCUCGUUAAAGGGGAGCGCUGCGGAGUGGCCGCUCCGCGCAUCAAUGCGCCCCACUAUUCUUCGCGCACUCGGAAACCGCGUACGUACGAAAGAGCCGCGCGUUUCUUCAUCCUCGAUCUUUAAACUUGUUCCUCGAAAAUUCGACUUUUCCAAUGAAUUUGACAAUCUUUUGCAAUGUUCUCGCUUUUUUUACUUCAUUUUCUCCAAACAAAAAUUUCUAACUCAAUUUGCACUACUUGGAAGAAGACUUGUACGUUCAACAAAAUUAAUAUUAAUUUGAGUGCAUUUUGAAUAACAAUGAAAAUAUUCUAAUUAAGAAAUUUCAAAGUGCAAAUCCCUGAGUUAAUUCGCUCGGUAUUUCUUGUGAAAAUAACCUAAAAGCAAUAUCAAUUAUUUGUGUCUCAUUACCUGUAAUAAAUUGUUACAUCUAAAAAACUCACAAAAAUAAUAAAAAUUUUCUAUGUAACGCGUAGUAAUAUAUUUCUCAACAAAAUAAAAAAAUAUGAUGUUAGAUCAUAUAUUUGAUAUCUUGCUGCUCGCUGAUUCAUUUCAUUAACAUAAUUUUAAUUAUAAUAUAAAAAUAAUAAUACAUAAAAUUUAAUUAUGAUAAUUUAUUUCAAUUUUAAUGUGCGUAGAUCGUUGUAUGUGAAAAUUGUAUUAACAAAAGAAGAAUGUAUGCUAGAAGAAUAACAAUAAAAAUUAAUAUAUACGUUAUUCUGAGAGCAAAGAUCAAGGUCAAGGUCUUACGUUGAAAUGAUUAACCGAGCGUCAGCUCGAGAUCAAAUGCCCGAUCUUGUUUUGUUUAUGUCCAUGGAGACGACUUCUGUGUAUAUAGAUUAAUUUCUAAUGGUUUCAAAUGAAACAAAUUUUACUUAUUUAUCAAGUUUUCGAAAUCAAAUGAAGGAUUAUAUUGCAAGAUAAUAAUGACGUAAACAUAUAAUUUCGUAGAAGUGUAUCAUAGAAAAAGUAUCUUUGUAUUCAUAGAAAUUACACGUUCGUUACAUCUCUCUAUCUCUAUCUUCUUUUUCUUUUAUUUAUCUAUAUUCUUUAUAUAAUUUAAGGUGAAAGUAAUAGAAAAAGAAUGUAUUAUAAGGAAUAAGAUGACGAAUACAAUUAAAAUUAGUAUUUUUUCGAACACCUGUUGAUCAUUACUCACGCUUUAAUUUCAAUACUUUUCGAUGCUUACUUCACAAGAGAUGUAUACACAAGAGAUAGAUAUAUAUAUAUAUUUCUUUUUAAAAGAGGAGUUCAUGAUUUUUUCUAUAGAGGGCACUAAAAGAAAAAAGUCAGCGCAGAGGGUUGCAUGUGUCAUCAUAACCUUAUACAUUCGCGUAUUCAGGUGAAGUUCGUAGCUGAAUUCAUACUGAUUUCUAAUGUGCAAUCGCUAGUCGACAGCUACUGCGAGAUAUCGAUGUUAAACGUCAAAGUAAAGAUGGCGUGGAUUUGUAUUGUGUCUGGUUUUUAAACUUUAUUUGAAUCUUAUCGAAACGUGACAGGAAAAGAGAAUAUAGUCAUUUGAUAUAUUGUUCAUAAAAUUCAAGAUCGCACCAAGGAUCUUUAACGAGAAAAAACGUAAAAACAUUUUUUGAAAGGUCACGUGCAACUUUGUCCACAAGUGGCAUUUUAUACUUAACCUAAUCUCGCGUGAACCUUGAACCAUCGUGUUUAAAUUGAUCCUAUGUAUAGGAUCUUUAUUAGUCUUGAAGAUUCAACGAAUUUUUAAUUUAAAACCGUUUUUAUUACUGAAAUAGCAAAGACUGGUUUUUUAGGCAAAAGGAAGAGCCAGAAAUUUUCUUUGAAGUUAUAAUUAAAUUCACAAUUUAUCAAACAUAUUUUGACUUGUUUUUGUAUCAAUAGACAGCUUCGUUUGAAUGUAGAAAAUAUAUGUAUUCGGGUGAAAUGCCUAAAAUAAAAACCAAACAAACGUCAAACAAUUUAUGGAUAAGACAACGCGAACUAGGCAUAAGAUUUCCUCUGGGUCAUAGUGAUCGUUUUCACAAAACUCUUUACUCUUCCAUUUUUCCCAUAACAUCUUGGGAUCAUGGAGACAAUUUGGCUGUUGCCAGACAUGGUGGUGUUUUUAAUUUGGAGUAUUCGCCAGACGGAUCACUUUUACUGGCAGCAUGUGAAAAGAAAAGUAUUCUGAUGUUCGAUCCAUUAUGUAGGAAAUUAGUACGAGCUAUAGAUAAUGCUCAUAAUGAUUGUGUGAAUUGCGUAAGAUUCCUGGAUCAACGGAUGUUUGCUACCUGUUCUGAUGAUAGUACUGUUGCUCUCUGGGAUGCUAGAAACUUGAAGCAGAGAAUAAGAACUUUGCAGGGACAUUCUAAUUGGGUUAAGAAUAUAGAAUAUAGUCCAAAGGAUGGUUUAUUAUUAACUAGUGGAUUUGACGGUAGCAUAUAUACUUGGGAUAUUAAUAGUUUUACUGAAAAUAGUUUUCUUUAUACUCGUGUCUUUCAUACAAAUGGAUUGAUGCGAACGAGACUUAGCCCUGAUGCCAGUAAAAUGUUAAUAUGUACUACAUCUGGAUAUCUUAUUAUUAUACACAAUCUCAAAUUAAGUACCCUUGCACAAGACUUGGCUGGAUUCAAGCCUAACAUGUAUCGACUGAUGCAAUUAUCUCAAACCACUAUACCGGUUGCUGCCACUUAUACACAUUUGUUUUCUCAUUCUCGUACACAUAACAGAGUAGAAUUCUUAACGGAUUUUCCUGUUGGAGAUGAUGCUGAAGUAAUUUCUAGUCUUCAAGUACAUCCGCAAGGAUGGUGUGCCUUGUCCCGAAAUAUCAGUAAUGGAGAAAAGUCAGAGUGGACUUGUAUUCAUGAUAUUCAAGAAAGAGAUAUGUCCGAGUGUAUCGAUCAAGUGAAAGAAGCUGAAGAAACGUCUCAAUUCAACGAAUCGACGAUCGAAGAAUUUGAAGAGUCGCAACAGCCGCAGUCUUCACGUUCAGGAAUAACGUCGUCCUUCGUGAUUGAGAGCGCAAAUCGUGCGAGAGUCGUUCACACUGUAUCUGAUGUAAGGCCAAACUCAUUCGCUUCUACAGAAAAUUCUCAACCGAUAACACCAUCAAGAGCAAUGAGUUGGCGGGAAAGUUCGCGUCGUAACGUACGUUCGCAAUCGAGAAGUCCAAGACCGGAAAGGAACUUCGUUAGGACGAAUUUCGGUUUAGUUGAAGUAAGCUCGAACGAUUCUCGAACGAACGCGAAUCAAGAGGAGGAUAGACAAGAUGGUAGAUAUAUUGUUGCUGCGGAGGAUAAUAGCGAAGCUGCGAACGAUGAGUCGGCAGAUGAUCGAAAUAGAGAGAGAGAACAAGAAUAUAGAUCUCAGAGAUCAAAUUCGCAAUUGAACGAUUUAAGAAGACGCAAUGUAAUUGAUAACUUUUCUACUGCCAAUGUAGAAUUGUACGUUAAUAACAGUGACGUUUGGGAAGCUCUCGUAGCAAUUAGAGAAGCGAGACUUCGGAGGGAUCGCGAGAGAGAAUUUUAUCCGGCCACUGAAAGAAGAGACUGGUUAUCUAGAUCGAGCAAUGGCCGAACAGCGUUUCGAGAAUCGUAUCACGGCGAAAGACAUACGUGCCAUGCAUACAAAGAACGUAAAGACAAAUGUUUAUCUUUAAUCGUAUCCUAGAGAUAUAUCGCUUAUGAAAAUGUGUAUGUAUGUUCUCACAGAGUGAUAACGAUAAUGUUAUUAACUCGCGUUAAUAGCGACAACAACUUAAAUACCUAUAAAGUCUAUUUUAGCGUGUAAUUUACACGUGAAAAAGAUAUGGUGAGUUCAACGAUAAUUGGCAAUAUGGUGUGAUAUAAUUAUCAAUAAACAUCAGCAUCGGCAAAUAUUGUUUGAGUUUUAAUAUACAACAAUAAUAGUGUAUUCAAAAUAUACGUUGGAAUGUAUGAAAAAGAAGAAACAGAAUAUUUUAUCACAGUCGAAUCAGACGUUGCAGCAGCGAUAUGAAUACUUUUUCGAUGUUAACAUUAGCCGAUCAUUUACAUGAGAAAUAAAAAGUUUCUCGAUAACCAAUGAAAACGACGUAGUGGUCGUAGCCAAUAAGAUCUUUGAUCGAUCGAACGCAUUUGUUUUUAUUUUUACUUUUUUUUGCCUGAUCGUUAAUAUCUAUAAGUCUAUUGAAACCAUUAGAAAAUAAGCGCACUAUGUGUCAUUAUAAUAUAUUUACGCCGUAAAACGAUUCAAUGUAUCGCCAACGUGAUUUCGAUUUAUCAUCUUUACCAAAAAAAUCUCAUUUAACUUACCGAAGACUAUAUUGCAACUGCAAGCAUCGAUCCGUGCAUGGAAACGUAUCACUUCGUGUUCGGAAUUCUUUGAUCGUCGAAAAUUAAAUGUAGAUUAUUAUUAUUAUUAUUGUUAUUAUUAUUAUUAUUAUUACUAUUAGUAUUAGUAUUAUUAUUAUUAUUAUUAUUAUUAUUAUUAUUAUUAUCAUUAUCAUUAUUAUUAUU